AACUGGAGGCAUGUCAAUCCGGCGGUGACUUUGAAGCUCCUGGCAGCAACCGGCUUGCGAGCUUUACCUUGAAACUCCGCGGCCAGCAAGCAGCUGUCGAUGGAGCUUGCGGAGGAGAUCUGCCGGCUUCCUGCAUUGCGAUUGUUCGAGCUCGCGCGCUUGGCUGCUCGAGUGGCCUCUCCGGAUCUUCUCCAAGGGACAAGAAAAGCAAAGCUAAGCAACCAGGCCACAGGCCGGAAGAACAAAAAAAAAUGCGUUUUCUCGUUCUCCCGAGACGGAAGAAGCGGUGGAACACACUUGAGUUGCUCAAAACUGAAGCACAGGCUGCCGUGUAUCAGGGGUUUGGCAUUUUACUUCGUGUUUGGUCACGGAUCUGACGAUUCCAUAUUGCUUUCGCCUGUGACGCCACAGAGAGAGACGCGUUUGUUCUUGCUCCGGCACUGAGAGAGACGCGUUUGUUCUU